UUCCACGCCUCCAAUAUGGCGUCCCCCGUAUAGACUGUAGUGGAGGUUUCUACUCCAGGUGGCGGGGCCAGUGCAGAGCCGGGGUUACGGUCCAUUCAGCCCGGGCUUCAGAAAGCAGCAGAUAAAGUUCGUUUGGGGUUACGGUUCAGGAAGGAACCGUCCUCUGAGGGACAAGAACCGCCGCUUCCAUUUAGUUCCUGCGAGUUCUUUCUUGGUCCCUGGUUUCUUUCCCGAGGCAUCUCUGAUAACCCAGGUCCUUGACACUCUCAGACUCAGACUAUGAAUCUUCGGCAGCCGCUGAUGCGCUUGCCCCGUUAUCUCGGGGUCUUGGGUCCCCUACGUCGCUCGUGGUGGUUCCCGUCCCUCAACACCAUCUCCGCUCUGGGCUCCUGGCGUGGUCAUUCCUCCAAGUCCCCGACCCACUGGAACCAGGUGGUGUCAGAGGCGGAGAAGAUCGUGGGCUAUCCCACAUCCUUUAUGAGCCUCCGCUGCCUGCUGAGCGACGAGCUCAGCAACAUCGCUAUGCAGGUGAGGAAGCUGGUGGGGACUCAGCACCCUCUACUUACUACUGCCAGGGGCUUUGUACAUGACAGCCGGCAUAACCUGCAGCUGAGGGGCUUGGUGGUGCUGCUUAUCUCCAAAGCGGCUGGGACCAGCAGCAUGGACACUUCAUGUCAGAACUAUGAUGUGGUCAGUGGAAUCUACUCAUGUCAAAGAAGUUUGGCAGAGAUCACAGAACUUAUCCAUACUGCUCUCCUUGUGCAUCGCGGGAUAGUAAAUUUAAGUGAAUUGCAGUCUUCUGAUGGACCACUGAAGGACAUGCAGUUUGGAAAUAAAAUAGCUGUCCUGAGUGGAGACUUUCUUCUAGCAAAUGCCUGCAAUGGACUAGCUCUGCUACAGAACACCAAGGUUGUAGAACUUAUAGCAAGUGCUCUUAUGGACUUGGUACAAGGCGUAUACCAUGAAAAUUCUACUUCAGCCAAGGAACAUGAUAUCACAGAUGAUAUUGGAAUAUCAACUUGGAAGGAGCAGACUUUCCUCUCCCAUGGUGCCUUACUAGCGAAGAGCUGCCAAGCUGCGAUGGAAUUAGCAAAGCACAAUGCUGAGGUUCAGGGUACGGCGUUUCGGUAUGGAAAGCACGUGGCCAUGAGUCAUAAGAUACAUUCUGACCUCCAGCCUUUUAUAAAAGAAAAAUCCAGUGAUUCCGUGGCUUUUAAUCUAAACUCAGCACCUGUGGUUUUACAUCAGGAGUUUCUUGGAAGAGAUUUGUGGAUGAAGCAGAUCAGAGAGGCUCAAGAAAAAGGAAGAUUAGACUAUGCUAAGGUUAACAUUUUCACUCCAUACACUGAUUCCUACAACGGCCCCAGUUUGAUGCAGUCAAUCUGGAAGUCAUGUUACGAGAAACAAUCAAAGCUGGCAAAGGUGUGACUUCAGCUAUUGACCUGUGUUGUUACCAUGGAAACAAGGCACUGGAGGCCCUGGAGAGCUUCCCUCCCUCGGAGGCCAGAUCGGCUUUAGAAAACAUCGUGUUUGCGGUGACCAGAUUUUCAUGACACCAAAUUAAAAAGACACUACAAUUCCUUAGCUGAAAAACCUCAGGAGUGAGGUGAUGGAGGAGCUUUUGUUAUAAAAUAGCUAUAUACGUUAAUGACUUUAAGAACAUACACAUAGUUUUCCUUCCUUUCAUCACAUUGCUAAAUGAACCUGCCUUCUUUUUGGAAUCAGAUGCAAACAAAAUGAGAAGAAAAAAAGGUCAAGCAGUUUCUACUUGUCACGCCAGAAGCACACUUGAGGCUGCGGUAGCAGAAAUAAUUAAUGAGAGUCACUCCCGUGACCUCAGCAAAUGGACAGGAAAUAAGUCCUUAUUGAUUGGACUGGGCCAGGGAUGGCGCCAGGGCGGUGGCCUGUGGUUUGUCUUCUAGAAAGAACAGAGCGAGCUGGGAGCUGCAGGUGUUGGGGAAACACUAUCGAUGCCAGCCAGGAGGGCUGGCAAAUCAAAGCCCAGUGACCAGUUUGCCAGAGGGAGAAGGGUUCCGUGCGCUAAGGGAAAAUAUGCUUUCUUGUCUUACCAUGGUGUCUCUGAUUUUAUAGAUACAAUCUGAAUAUGUUUUGCUCAUCAUGGUCUUUGUAAGAUUUGGGGGGGAAAAUUGCUGAAAAAAUGCCAAAUACUUGAAAUAGGAGAUUAAAACAUUAUCAAAUGUUAAUAUGGUUA